GAUAGGAAAUAUGUGACAUUAGUAACCAAAUUUGUUUUAGUAAUUUUUUGGGGGGCUUAUGUCGGUAUCGGUUUAUAUCGGUAUCGGAAAUUAUGAGUCAGACAAUAUCAAUAUAUCGGAUAUCGGUCAAAAAUAUCCCUAAAAUAAAGGUGUUAGUUAGUAAACGGUAAAAUGAAUCAAGUUGAUCUGUUUCAGUGGCAUGUUUACUUUAUUGGUACUGGACAUAGCAUCCAUAUCGUCAUGAUUAAACUCCAAGCUUUGUUCAAGAAUAGUUUACGCAUCAACUUUCAGUUGCAACAAUAUAACGUUGUUAACUCUAACCUGUGAGUCAGCCACUACUUUGCCUUCAGGUGUUCAGCAUUGCCCUUUACUUCCCAGUUAGUUUCGUUAUUCCCAUGCUUCUUCUCUGUUUUCCCCAUUGCCAUGGUUACCCAAUUAUCCCACAAGGUUCAUUAAAACGUAAUUUAAUCCCAUCUAAUCAUCUAAUCUAAUCUCUGAGUAUAAUAGACUCAUGUUGCCACACCAACUUCCACCCACCACACACACACAUUUGUGAUGCGGAAUGGGAACAAAACCAGAACAUUCGCCACAAAGCGCAUUGUUGUCUAUUGCUGUAACGCACUGACGCUUCCGGUGGCUGUUUAGAGCCACUUUCCCCCUCCGUCUUCCGUGAAAAUCGCAGGGGCAGAAAUUAGCAGCAAGAAAGCAUGUAAUUGACAAAGUCACGUGCUCAAACUACGGGCACGGGUACAGCCAGCGCGAGAGCGAAUGAGAGCGAGGGAGGGAGCGCGAGCGAGAGAAGGAGAGAGAGAGAGAGAGAGAGAGAGAGAGCAGUACAGAGGUGGUGAGAGCGAGGAAGGGAUAGGAGAGAGGAGAGAAAGACAUGACAAAAAUAUCAAAAGGCAGAAAGCACGCCGUACCAUGCGAGCCAAACCGGAGACCGAAGGGCUCGAGGAUGUUGGAUUAAUGGUGACGGCCACAGCCCGUUUUCGCAGAGGAAGCUUCUCUAUCGCAACUUGGGCACAGAGGGUCCGCGGGGAAACAUGGCCGAAGGAGGGCCGGGUAAAGGUGGCGGAGGAGAAAACCCCGCCAAGUCCACCGAGCAGGAGGAGAGGACUCGACCUCAGGUCCUGGCGGGAUCGGGCUUCUGCAAAUGGUUCAACGUCCGGAUGGGUUUCGGGUUUAUCUCAAUGACCAGCAGUGAGGGGAACCCCGUCGAUCCGCCGCUGGAUGUUUUCGUCCACCAAAGCAAACUGGUGAUGGAGGGUUUCCGCAGCCUAAAAGAGGGCGAGCAGGUGGAGUUCACCUAUAAGAAGUCCUCUAAGGGCUUAGAGUCGCUGCGGGUCACCGGACCUGGUGGAGGACCCUGUGCAGGCAGCGAGAGGAGACCUAAAGGGAAGCUCCCCAUCCAGAAACGUAAACCAAAGGGAGAUCGAUGUUACAACUGCGGAGGUCUGGAUCAUCAUGCCAAGGAGUGUGGCCUGCCCCCCCAGCCAAAGAAAUGCCACUACUGCCAGAGCAUCAUGCACAUGGUGGCUCAGUGUCCCCACAAGGUGCUGGCGCCCCCCUCUGGCUCUCAUGACCAACAUGCGUCUACCUCGGCCUCAGGACCUGAGACUUACCUCUGCCCCACCGAGGAGGAGCAGCGCUCUGGCUCGUCCCCCCCAGAGGGGUCCUCUUCUUCCCCUGAGGAGCCCCACACACACCGGGGCCCACGGACCCAAAGGUGGAGAAAAUCCUGAAAAAUGUUUCACAGAGUUGAACUUUGACCCUUGCGCUUGUCCUCAAUCAAGAUGACCUGAAGCCCCCCUCCCCCCCUCUACACACACACCCCUCAUCUACCUCACACCUGUGAAAGAAAAGAAUAUGGGAGGUUUACUAUUUUCAGUUUGAUCUAUAAUUCUUUGUAACCAGCGCGACUAUGGCAACCAUCAACGGGGUACGAACACGCAUGAAUGUGUGUGACUGGCGCGUCAUCCGGUGCAGCCAUUGCAACGGCAGCUGGAAGGGUGACUGCAGGGAAUAACUCUGCCUUGUUUCUAUCGGUGCAGCUCAGAGAUGAAAUGCGGUUUCUGUCCAGGUUUGGUGACUCUGGACCUGAAAGGGUGUCCAUUUUGGAAGCCCCCUCCCUAAUUAUGCGAAUGAUUGAAAGCCACAACUUUAUGUCUCUUAGUUCUAAUCAUUAAAAAAAAGUCCUGAUUACAUCCCUGCAGCACAAGUGGUAGCUCAUUUAGGGUGGAUUAGGGAAGGACUCUUAAGAGCUUCAGACCCUCUAAGUGAAAAUCCAGCCCCAUAGGAGUGUUAGCUUGGCUUCUAAAGAUCUUCAGGGAAAUUUAAUGAAUUCCUGAGAGAGAUG